UCUACUCUGGUACUCAGAAGUUUCGGUGUCUAGUACAGUCUGCUCUUAGAAUACAACUGCGAAUUCCGAAAAUUGGGAUCUCAGUCUUCGGGGUGUAUUGAAUUGCAUCGAAGGUUUUGUAGCAGAAGCUGAGAGCGUAGAGAUGGCCAACAAUGCCAAUGCCAAUGCUGCUACUGGUUACAGACAUCAGAGGGCUAAUGGACCCGCGACAGUCCUAGCCAUUGGCAAGGCUACUCCCCCCACAGCGUACCCGCAAAGUGAAUACCCGGACUUCUUCUUCAACGUCACCAACACCAAUCACAAGACUGAGCUCAAGGCCAAAUUUGCUCGCAUCUGCAAGAAUUCCGGAAUCAACACGAGGUACUUCCAUUGCACAGAAGACAUCCUGAAGGCCAAUCCGUCGAUGUGCACGUACCUGGAGCCGUCGCUCGACAUCCGACAGGACAUUGCGAUCAGGGAGGUGCCCAGAUUGGCGGAGAAGGCGGCCAUCGAGGCCCUGGCGGAAUGGGGCCAACCCAGAGACCAGAUCACGCACGUCGUGUUCGCAACCACGAGCGGCGUGAACAUGCCCGGAGCUGACCUCACUCUAACCAGGCUCUUGGGUUUGAACCCGAACGUGAACCGUACCAUGCUCUACCAACAAGGCUGCUUCGGAGGCGCCACGGUUCUGCGCGUGGCCAAGGACCUGGCGGAGAACAACAAGGGCGCCCGAGUUCUCACCGUCGUGAGCGAGCUCACAUGUGUCACCUUCCGGGCGCCGAACGAGGAGCAUCUGGACAAUCUGGUGGGUUCAGCCAUCUUCGGCGACGGAGCUUCAGUUCUAGUCAUCGGAUCUGAUCCUAUACCUGAAGUGGAGAAACCCCAGUUCGAGAUUCACUGGUCAGGGGAGACUAUUUUGCCAGAGAGCGAUGGUGCUAUCGAGGGGCGGCUGACAGAAGCUGGACUCAUUUUCCAUCUGUUGAAGGACGUUCCCGGCCUCAUUUCCAGAAAUACCCUUCCCAUUUUCAACAAAGCAAUUGAAGUGGCAGGAUCCCCGAGCUGGAAUGAUCUGUUCUGGUGCGUGCACCCCGGAGGCCGUGCCAUUCUGGACGAGGUUGCCAAAACCCUGAGCUUGAAGCCGGAGAAGCUCGAGGCCACGAGAGACAUCCUCUACAACUACGGGAACAUGUCCGGCGCCAGCGUGCUCUUCGUCUUGGACCAGAUGCGGAGGCGGUCGGCCGACAAGAACUGCACCACCACCGGCGAAGGGUGCGACUGGGGCCUCGUGGUCGGGUUCGGGCCGGGACUGACGGUCGAGGUCUCCGUUCUCAAAGCCAUCGCCACCGCUAACUAGAAAACCCCUCCUUCGUUCCCUACGCGAGAAAUUUUCCAUUCGGCAAAUAAUUCAUCCGUCCGCAGUUACGAAACCGCCUUGACUUUGCACGGAUCCAGUACGCGGACUCGUGAGAGCUCCGUGAGAGCUCGAAGAGUCUAGAGGAGUAGCAUCAUGAAGUCCUCAGCGUUAUCGUCGGUGGUCGCACACGAGAGUCUUGCCGUCUUCUGAGAAAGUAGCGGUGCCAAGGCCUAAGCUAGUGUUAGAUCACGGCCCAAGAUAUCGACGGUUCUCUCAAAAUCCUAGAAUAAUUCGUUGUCUCGAAAGGAGGAGCUGAUCGAGACGUGAAUCUUAGAUUAGAUUGACUGUACAAACAUACAAAGUAAAGCUCCAUAAUUCUUCAUUCA